AUGCUGCUAAUAAAUGCCGUGAAGGGUGGAAGAAGGACACAAGUAAAAAUGCUUCUAAAAGUUGGUGUAGAUGUUAAUGAAGUGGACGAAGACGGACAAACGGCCCUAAUACACUCCUGCUUUCUCUAUGACUUCCGCACGCGAAUGAAGAUUUUAAAAUGUUUAGUUGUUGCGGGCGCAACCCUUAACAAGAAGGACAACUAUGGACGCACAGUACUUUCGUGGGCUUGUCUGCAGGGAAAACUUGAAGUGGUUAGAUUUCUUUUGAAUGAUCCGCUUUGUAUGGAUUUAAGGAUCAAUAUCACAGAUAAGGAUGGGAACAAUACUCUCUUACUCUCUGUAAUGUCUGGCAAUUUUUUAGUCGUUAAAAUGAUGGUAGAGGCAUUAAGAGGCACGGCGAGAGCAAGUGAACUUAAUAAAGCUAACAACGUUGGUAUGCAGCCGUUAAUAGCUGCUUUCAUUCGCGGUGAUAAAGUUUGCGCUCAGUUUCUCAUAAAACAAGCGGGAGCUUCUUUUUCAAGUGUGCUUAAGUACCUGAGAGCCCUUCAGAACGAUUCAGUCAAGUUUUGUACAAGAUCAGCGCUUUUGUUUGACUCUUCAAGAACUGAUUUCCAUAUUGAUCGUGAACAAACAAAAAAAAUUUUGGCAGAUUUCACUGAAGAAGACAUUUUUGAGUUUCUGUUUGCAAAGGAUAAAGAUACGCACGACGCACAGACAAGCAAAACUGAAGAAUUUCAGAGUAACAAGAAAAACGCUGCCACGCAGCAACAAAGUCAUAUCGUAAAGUCUAGAUUAAGAAAACUGGGGUCUGUUUUAGUUAUUCCACAGGAACAGUCAAUUUCAGCGCAGUCAUUAUUCACAGAAGACGCCAACGAAAUGAAAUUUCUCGAAAACCCAGUGAACAGUGCUUUCGCAACAUUAGCUGAUCAAAAAAGGUUGACACAGGGCUCUAACUCAUCAUCGCGCUUGUCGGUUCAAAAACUAUUGACACUUUAUGCUGAGCAGAACUCACCCUCGUACAGACAAGGUUUACCUAUACGCAGAUACACUCCUCCCCAACCCGCGAUCGUAAACGAAUCUAGCGGAGAUUGCGACACCCGGCGCUCAAGUCUGCUUCCAUUGGGCGAGACCGAACGACGGGUUCAGGCGUUUGCGGAGUCGAUGGCUGGGUCGUCAUCAGGCCUUCUUGGUGAAUCUAUGAUGGAUCAGCAUCUCCGUUUGAAAUACGCGCGUAAUUCAAGAGCCACCAGCAUGCAAGUUCCGAGGUUACCGUCUCUUUCUAAUGCAGGACGGGGGAGAGUCAAACGGACCAAGUCGUCGACUAUUAUGUCUGUCAAACCAUUCUAA